GGGGGCGCGACGGCGGGGCUGUCGGCGGCGCGCCCCGCGGGAAGAUGGCGGAGCUCGGCAAGAAGUACUGCGUGUACUGCCUGGCGGAGGUGAGCCCUCUGCGCUUCCGCUGCACCGAGUGCCAGGACAUCGAGCUGUGCCCCGAGUGCUUCUCGGCCGGCGCCGAGAUCGGCCACCACCGGCGCUACCACGGCUACCAGCUGGUGGACGGCGGCCGCUUCACGCUCUGGGGGCCCGAGGCCGAGGGCGGCUGGACCAGCCGCGAGGAGCAGCUGCUGCUGGACGCCAUCGAGCAGUUCGGCUUCGGGAACUGGGAGGACAUGGCCGCUCAUGUGGGCGCGUCUCGCACGCCCCAGGAGGUGAUGGAGCACUAUGUGAGCAUGUAUAUCCACGGUAACCUGGGCAAGGCCUGCAUCCCCGAUACCAUCCCCAACCGCGUCACAGACCACACGUGCCCUGGCGGCGGCCCGCUCUCGCCCAGCCUCACCACGCCGCUGCCCCCGCUGGACAUCUCGGUGGCCGAGCAGCAGCAGCUGGGCUACAUGCCUCUGCGGGACGACUACGAGAUCGAGUACGACCAGGAGGCCGAGACGCUCAUCAGCGGGCUCUCGGUGAACUACGACGACGACGACGUGGAGAUCGAGCUCAAGCGCGCCCACGUGGACAUGUAUGUGCGGAAGCUGCGGGAGAGGCAGCGGCGCAAGAACAUCGCCCGCGACUACAACCUGGUGCCGGCCUUCCUGGGCAAGGACCGCAAGGACAAGGACAAGGCUGCCAAGCGUAAGGUCACCAAGGAGGAGAAGGAGCUGCGGCUCAAGCUGCGGCCGCUGUACCAGUUCAUGUCCUGCAAAGAGUUCGAUGACCUGUUUGAGAACAUGCACAAGGAGAAGGUGCUGCGCGCCAAGAUCCGGGAGCUGCAGCGCUACCGGCGCAACGGCAUCACCAAGAUGGAGGAGUCGGCCGAGUACGAGGCUGCGCGGCACAAGCGGGAGAAGAGAAAGGAGAACAAGAGCCUCGCCGCCUCCAAGAGGGGCAAGGAGGAUGGCCGGGACGGCGAGUUUGCGGCCAUCGAGCACCUGCCUGGCUUCGAGCUGCUGUCGGACCGCGAGAAGGUGCUGUGCAGUUCUCUGAACCUGAGCCCUGCGCGCUACGUGACCGCCAAGACCAUCAUCAUCAAAGAUCACCUGCAGAAGCGGCAGGGCAUCCCCGCCAAGAGUCGUCUCCCCAGCUACCUGGACAAGGUCCUGAAGAAAAGGAUUCUGAAUUUCCUCACAGAGAGCGGCUGGAUAUCCAGGGACGCCUCUUGAGGCCGGUGCUGUGGCCGUGCCUGGCUCGUGGGAGCUGGGGCGGAGGAGCCACCGUUUGCCCGUUGUUGCUCUUUGUAAAGAACCCGAGGUCCUUUUCUAAGACUGCUCCCACGUCCUCUGAGAAGCAGUAGUAACACACAGUCCUUAAGUCCCACUUCCAGGCGAUCUGCCGCUAAGCGACCGUCUGGACAAGGUUGCGAGAGUGGGUCGUCUGCUCUAACCCGUCAGCUGGCUUCCCUGUGAGCACAGACCAGCUGCCUGGGCCCCUCUGAGCCCACAGCUGCCGCCCUGGCAGCACAGCCCGGCACGCAGCACUUUAGAUGGCCGGUCGGGGCAGCACCUCCUCCGCGUCACAUGUGAGACAGUGAGGGGAGGGAAGGCCUCAAGGCGGGAAGCCCAGUGGGACACAGCAGCACCUCGAGUGUCCACACGGCUACACAGCCUGCCUGUGGCUUACUUUGGGAAGGGCAGGUCCCCACAGUGGGGACACAGGACCCCCUUGGCAGAGCUUCUUAGGGGUCUGCUGAGGGUGCUGGCCGCUGCUGGCCAGCACCUGCCUCGGAAGGCUGCGUUCAGAGCCCUGGGUUAGCUUCCUCCAGGAUCUUCCUCCUGCUGCAAUACGUUUCUCACUAGAAAUGACCAUGCUAGCCAGCCUGUCUUCUUUAGGGCGUUGCCGGGCCCCUCCAGACUAGCCAAGAGAACCAGGAGCUAUCCUGUGGGGGCCCUGGCACGGGGGAACAGGGCGCCUCUGACCCCCUGCUUCUCUAUCCUGAGUCAGACUUCAGAGCCCUCUUUAACAGUCAUUUCUGAGGCCUCUUUCAGGGCCAUGUACGGUACCCUCCUGUGACGUGAAGGCUGUCUUCCAGCUGCUCAGGCCUCUCACGCCCACAGCCUGCUCUACAGCAGCCCACGCGGUGGUGUCUGACGUAGUGUCCCGAGCAUCUCCCUCUCCUGCCCGUUGGUACCAAGACUGUUACCUUCCCAGGGCAUUUGGGCUUGAGGUUACAUUAAAGCAAAGUUAUCUGAAAGAAAAAACCUCAUGAUUUCCAAGGAAAACUUAAUUAUGGUGCCUUUUCUUUUUUUUUUUGGUUGUUUCACUGCAUUUACCCUAAGGGAGAUUUUCCCCAUUAAAUAAAACAUUUCAAGUACUUUACACGGCUUUUGUUGAGACGCUGUGCGCUGGCUGAGGGGCACCGUGCCAGUCAGUCCCCUAGGCUUGCUUUGCCAACGUGGAGUAUGGUACCAUGGGUGACUGCCUCGGGGAUGUGCGGGUAGAUACGGCUGAGACCGUCCACUCUGACCCGUAGCAGAGCUGGUUUUUUCACAACUGUCUUAGGUAGUGGUUCUCAAAGUGGGGCUGUCACCGGGGGACCCCACUUUGUCCUCCUGGGUCAGGGACUGCAUUUUCAGACCCCCAAGAGACUGGCGUGCAUGGAAGCUCGUGGACCACUGGUUUUAGCUACACCAGCAUCUCAUUCAUUGAUUUUCUACAACAUGGGAGUCCCGGUUCAGUGAGGUCCUAUAAAUGGCGCUGCUGCCCAGGAGCUGCCCAGCUAGGCUCUGAGCUGAGCGGGGUUUUAGCAUGUCAUCUGGGUGGCCUAUUUAAAGCAGCAUGGUUGAACAUACAGUUAAAUCACGGUCCGUGUUAGCACGUUAGAGGGGACCGGCUACCUUCCCUCAGUCCAACUGUUGAGGCUCUGUCCUCACCCCGCUGCCCGUUCAGACCUACCACGAUCCUAUUUUAAAUUUUUCCAAAACUUAAACCAGCUGUAACUUUGACCUGAAAGUCAGGUGAUUCUUCAACUAUUCCCAGUAAUGCUCUGAUUGCCACACGCCAUGAGUUACUGAAACCCAGACCCAGAAGUCACUGUCACCCCUCAUAUCUCGGCCAAGUUGGGGAUGGUGUCACCACUGCUGGGCACCCGCAGGCAUCUCACCACGCACGUGCGCUGAGGCCCACUCGCAGUGCAGACCAGCACAGGACGCGUUCAGCUUGGCACUUCUGUACCAGACCGAUUUCUCCAAAAGACAUGUCAAGAUGGCUUUCUGCUAAGUGGAAAUGCUUUCCUACCACCCUCCCUCCCUAGAAGUAGCGUCACAGCCAGAGAUGUCAUCUGUGAGCUGGCGCACUGGGGCCCGGUGGGGCUGGUUCGAGUUCUCCACACUCCAGUGUGACCAGCAGGUAGUGAACAAGCCUUUCAUCCGCGUAAAUGUGGACGUCACUAAGUGGUGUUUCCCGUUUGCUGCACCCGAAUGGCUGGGACUCACUGAGGGAUGCUGGCCAGCGGAGCUGCACCGACUACAUGCCUUCCAGGCCUUUGACCAGCACAGCUGGGGCUGCACACCUCAUGCGAGUGGGCGUGAAGACUGCUUUGGCCCUGCCUCCAUGUGACAGGUGAGUUCCACAGGACAAGGGCAAGGCUCUGGCUCCCAGCGUGCCUUCCCCAGGACACUGGGCUGCCUCAAGUUCUGGAAGGUUCUGACCAACAACUUAAGGCAGCUUAGAAGAAAACGGUAUAAGGGAAUCGCAUGGGAAUAUUACCGACGUCUCUCAAAAUGAUAAGCGAAACAAAGCUGAGUGCACUGCCGUUUUCAACAGUAAGUGGAUUUAGCAGUAUCAGCCUCUUGGAAGCAGGUGGCGGAAGGGUACUGUUUUCUCAGUGUAAGCGAUACCUCAAUCAUUCGAUCUCUUGCUAAGCCCUCGAUGUGAACGAAUGUAAACGGAGUGGAAGGUCAGGGCCAUCCCUGCCAGGCGGGUGCAUGCAUGUCCUUGCUGGGGCUCAGACUGUCUGCAGUCACCAUAACAGCUGCGGAGGCCCAGGCCCACCUGUGACACAAAGCAAAGAAGUGGCUCCCUCUUCUGGGAUAGCUUACAUGCGUUCACGUGUUAACUAUGCGAUCUCAGGAUUGGAGCCAAAAGGCAACACUAAUUCACCUUUUCUUUGGGGCUCGAGGGUCUCUCCCAACAAGAGUUACCAAAAGUGGAAAGAUAAGAUGUUAGGGCUUUAAUCCACCCUUAAAUGGAAACAUCAACAUUUCAAGUCUGCCAAGCAUAUGACCCUCAUUCUGACAAAGUCCUUCUUACUAGGGGAUGUAACUCGAGUUGGUUAGCAACUAUCUGAAUAGAAAUUAAAACAUUUCUAUGCUUAGAUGAACAAAAACAGGGCAGAAAGAAUCGAUUUGGUCAAAUUCAAUUACUGGCAAAGUGAAGGUGGCAAGAAGCGCUAAGUGUGAAUGUUUAUGUCAGACCCCCAGAAAGAGGCCUUGAGCCAGUCAUCUUCAGCAGCCAGGUAGUCACCAGUUACACACACACUCGCAUGCAUUCCUCACAAGGAGUAUAAAAAUGUCUUUAGCAAGAAAAACGUUUCAGCUCUCGCCUGUCCUCUUAACUGAGUGGGAUGUAGCGGGCCAAGCAUCCCAACAACUCGCGCGAGAGAGUGAGACACAGAGACGGCAUGUCCAGGCAG